GCAAAUAGGGGAGGGCACUCACAAGUAUAAAGAAAGAGAAAAGGCGAGGUGACCGGAGAGAGAGAGGAGGGGUGGGAAGGAAGGAAUCGGAUUUGGAGAAAGAGAGAGGAUUUAUUGGUUCGAUAUUGGGAUCGGCGGCGAGGGAGAUGGCGGAGAUGGGGCGGAAACUUGCGGGGAGAUCGGGGGAGAAGUCUAAUUUUGCGGUUACUUGCAGUCUUCUGAGCCAGUACAUCAAGGAGAAGGGGAGCAUCGCCGAUCUCGGUCUUGGGAUGGCUCCUCGCCCUCAAGAAACCGCCAAAGGCAACACUGAGACGUUUCGGCCGCGGACCACGAUGAGCUUCUUACCGGGCGCCGACGUUUCGGGUGGCGAGGAGAGGGAAAGGGCCGGCGACGACGACGGUUCUCGAGGAAACGCCAUGGACCUGUUUCCCCAGCGCGCCGGGUUCGGAGACGAGACCGGCAAGACAUCGGAUGUCGGGGAACGAGAGAAGGCCCAGUUGACCAUCUUUUAUGGCGGGAAGGUGCUGGUGUUCGACAAUUUUCCAGCUGAGAAGGCCAAGGAUCUGAUGCAGAUAGCAAGCAAGGGGACCUCCAAUGCCCAAAAUUUGGGCUAUGUUCCCUCUUCCUCUAAAGCCACUGCAGCGGUGGACCACUCAAAUGGUCUCUCCAAUGAAACUCCUGUGUCGGUGUCCACUCCUGCUAACCCUUCGGUGACGGCUCAAGGCCAAGUUCAAAAGCCAGCCCAACCUAAUGCUUCCAAUCUCCCCAUAGCAAGAAGGGCAUCGCUCCAUCGAUUCCUUGAGAAAAGAAAGGACCGGAUCAACACCAAGGCACCAUAUCAAGUAAAUGGCUCUUCAGAAAUGGUUGCUCCUGUCAAACAGGAGGAGAGUCAGCCAUGGCUUGGUUUGGGUCCACAGGUCUCAAAACCAAGCCUAAGCUUCAACUCGGAGUCCAGCAGAUGAGAUUUGGCGAUCCAUGGUCGUGCACUGAGCUAAGCCUACUACAUGGGUCUAACAUUUGUAUUCUGAAGGACUCUAGGGUUUUGGUCUGUGUUUCAUUUGGGAAGAAAUUCUGUUGUUUCCGCUGUCGAGUUAGAGUUGAGAAUUCUUCCUUUUGUUAACAGAUGGCAGCUUAUGGCUGCUGUGUAGAUGCGAGAAAGAACGAACACUUUUAGGUGUAUGUAUUCAUGUCUUUCCCUUGGAGCCUUUAUAGAAUGACUUGUUUUGAUCUUCGUAGUUGACAAUAUUGUUACUUAAAUUUUUAUCAGAGUUAACCUUGAUUAUUGUUGAUUGA